CCUCAACCCCUGGUUUGGGCCAGAUGUGAGAAGUGGUUAUUCCGCGUAAAUGGCAAGUUUUCUCCUUUAAUAACAAAGGCCAUAACAAAUUAACAAAGAACAGACCAACUGGUGGACCGGCUAGUAAGGUGAAGUGAUAAAUAAAUACAUCACUACAGUGUAGGUGUGAGCUGCCAGGUGUUUGACCGUUGGUAGUCGUUACGUCUCACCGUUAACUAUAUUAGUAACUUACUGGGCACCAGUGUAACACAACACCUGAUAACAACCUGCGUAGUUGAACACUUUACCGGUAACGAUGAACAAGCUAUUUAGGAUGGUAAUCUUAGGGGCACCAGGCUCAGGUAAAGGCACCAUCUCGUCCAGGAUAGUGAGGGACUUUGGCCUCAAACACCUGUCAAGUGGUGACUUACUAAGGGCCCAGGUCAUUAACAAAACCGAACUCGGUAUAGCAGCCCAGAAGUAUAUGAAAGCAGGGAAACUCGUACCAGAUGAUGUGAUGGUAAAUUUGAUCGCCUCAGAACUUGCAGGGCUAAAAACUUCUCCAUGGCUACUUGAUGGCUUCCCCCGGACCAGACCACAGGCAGAAGCUGUUCACCAGCACGAGAAGCUUGAUCUGGUACUGAGCCUUGAGGUGCCAGAUGAGGUCAUAAUUGAUCGUAUCAAAGGCCGCUGGACUCACCUACCUUCAGGAAGGAUUUAUCAUACAGAGUUUAAUCCUCCCCAGGUCUCGGGUGUGGAUGAUGUAACUGGUGAACAACUAGUCCAGCGAGAGGACGACAAGCCCGAGUCAGUUAAACAACGUUUGGAUCAGUACGCUGUCAACACUGGGCCUCUGAAAGGAUUCUACAGAGAUUUAGGAAUCCUGCAGGAGUUCCACGGCACAGAAUCCAAUGAAAUUUGGCCACGCGUUCAUAACUACCUCAAGAGUCACCUGACAGCACUGAGCGGUCCUUUCUAAUAUGCCUUAUUAAUAUUACAUUGUGUAGCUGAGUUAGAAUGGAGAGCUAGUGAACAUUUUAUGCACAAACUGACAGCAGGACAUAAGGGAUUGUAUUUGUGUUGUAGUCAUGGAUAAUAAUAGAUGUUGCUAUUUUCUUUCCCAUUGUUAGUACGGUACGGUGAUAUCGCCGUGAGCCGGAACAAUUGGUGCAGAGCACUUCCUGGAAUGAGAGAUUUCUGGGUAACGAGAUGACUCUCUCAAAGCCUGAAAAAAUCCCUCGUACCCGGAAAUUUCCGGGUAACGGAAAAAUGUUCUCAGAAGUUCCAGAAAUUUCCCAUUGCAUCAUCUCUCAAACCCGGAAAAAUAUCUCUUAUCCCCGGAAUUUUACGGGUAAUGGAAAAAUUUUCUCGGAAUUUCCAGAAAAUGCACCCGAUUUCCAUCUUUAAAACCCGGAAAAGACUCCCCCAUCCCCGCAAUUUUCCUGGUAUCGGGAAAAUUUUCUUGGAAUUUUCCGGAAAAUGUGCCCCACGGAAAACCAUUCCCAAAAUCAGAAUUCUCCGGAAAAUUCUUGCUUUGCGAAUGAUUUUCCGAGAAAAUUUCAAUUCCGGGUAUGAGGAAUUCCGGCUAGCGGAGAUAUAUUACUGUGGAUACUUUAUUGAUUAUAAUAUAGUUUGAAGGCUGUUGAUUUGAUGUGAAGGUUAUGAAGAAAAUGACAUAAGGUGUUAUGAUAUAGGUAUACUAUAAGAGAAUUUAUACAAGUUUUUAUCUGUAUAUUUUAUAUACAGUACCUGGUAAUUUGUAAAUAUCAGUAUAUAAGAUGAAUAUUUUGAAGUUGUCUGUUAAAAUAUAUAUUUUUCUAAACCAUACUGAUUACAGGGGUCCCUGACUUACGAAUGUCCAGCUUACGAAAACCCGCCGAUAAGAAGACGUCCCAUUAGGUAAAUUAUUUUAAGAAUCUGACACUUUUUUGGGGGGGGGGGGAUAGCCCACCCGGGCACUGGUCAUCGGCCUACAACGAGGCCUAUGAGGUGAAAAAACAAGAGUAAAAAGAAAUUAAAAAUAGAAAAGAAAAAAUCAUAUUAAUCUACACCGCGAAGAUGCCGGAAAACCAGCUUUUUGAAGGGAGACAGAUUGUAGGAGUAUGGAAACACAGAAAAAGCAGAGCAUUCCACUGUUUGGCUGUGUGAGGAAAGAAGGAUGUACUAUAACGGGUUAUUAUAGUGUGACCGACAUCCACAGAGAAACGGUGGGCACCGUGGACAAGACGUGUGUUACCAGCCCACGGCCUUGUCGUCGGUGCACAGGAUGCCAAAUCCACCGAACAUUGCCCGUUAAAGUACCUGUAAAAGAGUGAGAGUGAAGCAACAUUGCGGUGAA